UGGUUUCUAGACCUGCAUAUAAAACCGUGCCUGAUUCAGAACAGAGUACAUCUGUUUGUAAUGGGUGUAAUAGAGCAAUUUAUUCAAACGGACUAACUCCAAUUUCACGCCCAUAACUGUCAUUUAGUGUCAACUUCAUAUUGUCAAUUUUUGUUUGUUUAAAGUAUUAAAAUAAAAAAUAAAUAACAUUUAAAUGUAAACAGCUGUGUUACUGCAACUAUAAUAUUUGCUAUUUACGUAAAAAUAAAUAGUACAAAUUCCAUUUUCACAAGUGUUUGAAAUUAUUUCAUAUAAAUAAAAAUUUGUUAGUAACAAUUUUUUAUUAUUCUUAGUAAGUGAAUCAUACUAUCAAUUUAAUAAAAAUGUCUAGUACUAGUGUUGAUAAUGUAUCGGGAGAAGCUCAGGAGUAUGAUGGAUCAGGUAAUAUGUGUCUGGAAUUGGCAUUAGAAGGUGAACGUUUAUGUAAAGCUGGCGAUUGUAAAGCAGGAGUGGCUUUUUUUCAAGCUGCCAUACAAGCCGGUACCGACGAUUUAAGAACUCUCAGUGCCAUUUACAGUCAAUUAGGAAAUGCAUACUUUUAUUUAGGAGACUAUGGAAAAGCCAUGCAAUAUCAUAAGCACGACUUGACUCUAGCAAGGACAAUGGGGGAUAAACUUGGAGAAGCAAAAUCUUCAGGUAAUUUAGGUAAUACUCUCAAAGUAAUGGGCAAAUUUGAUGAAGCAGUUGUUUGUUGUAAAAGACAUCUUGAGUUGUCUAGAGAAUUAGAAGACAAAUUAAGUGAAGGAAGGGCUCUUUAUAACUUGGGAAAUGUGUAUCAUGCCAAAGGAAAACACAUAGGGAGAGUUGGUAAUAAGGAUCCAGGAGAUUUUCCUGAAGAUGUGAAAAGUUGUUUACUUCAAGCUGUAACAUAUUACGAAGAGAAUUUAGCAUUAAUGCAAGACUUAGGGGAUGUUGCUGCUCAAGGUCGAGCAUGCGGGAAUUUAGGUAAUACUUUUUACCUUUUGGGAGAUUUUGCACAAGCUAUUCAUUACCACGAAGAACGAUUGUCAAUAGCCAGACAGUUUGGAGAUAAAGCCGCCGAAAGGAGAGCUCACAGCAAUCUAGGAAACUCUCACAUCUUCAUGGGUCAGUUUGAAGAAGCUGCUCAUCAUUACAAACGCACUCUUUCCCUGGCCCAAGAACUUUGUGAUCCAGCUAUUGAAGCACAAGCUUGUUAUAGUUUAGGAAACACUUACACUCUGCUUAGGAACUACGAUGCUGCCAUAGAAUAUCAUUUGAGGCAUCUUCUGAUUGCACAGAAUCUCUCAGAUAGAGUUGGGGAAGGAAGAGCUUGUUGGUCAUUGGGUAACGCGUACGCUUCAUUGGGUAAUCAUGAUAAAGCUUUGACUUUUGCCAAGAAACAUUUGGAAAUUAGCAAAGACUUGGGUGAUUCGAUGGGAGAAGCUACAGCCAAAAUGAAUAUAUCAGAUUUGAAAAAAAUUUUAGAUAUACCAGAAAGUCCGAGCGAUGAUACAGAGUCAACUAAAUCGGAUGCUUCGAAUAAUGUAGGUCAAUCGUAUGUUCAAAGGGUGAGACGUGAAAGCAUGGAACAGCUUAGUCUGAUUAAGUUAACUCCAGAUGGAAAACGACCGGGUUUGUCGUUGCCUCAAAAAACUACCAUGAAAGCCUCAGUGGGGGAAGAAGACGAUUCGUUCUUCGAACUGUUAUCCAGAUUCCAAUCGAAAAGAAUGGACGAUCAACGUUGUUCUCUAACUGUCGAUAACAAAGAAAACAGAAACACAAACAACAUUCCGUAUAACAACGAAACUCCUGAAGAUUUAAUUGAUAUGAUAGCCGGAAUGCAGAGCAAGAGAAUGGACGAACAGAGAGUAUCUUUACCUCAUUUACCUGGUUUGCAAUCGAAUUCUCGUCAAAUAUUGUCGGAUCCGCAUCGUUCUAACAGUGUAAACAGUGUUCCCGAUGACAAUUUCUUAGAUCAGUUAGUCCGUUGUCAAGAUUCUCGUUUGGAAGAUCAGAGAUCUCCGUUGCCUGUCGCCGCCGUUGACGCAGAAACUGAUCCCCCGCCGCCAACGAAUAGUAGUAAAAGCGGAGCCACCGUCCCCGAUGAAGAUUUCUUUUCGUUAAUUAUGAGAUUUCAAUCUGGUAGGAUGGACGACCAACGUGCUUCCGUACCAAGAAGAGAAACAAGAAUAGCAAAUGGUAGUGUACCUCAUCCUCCUGAUAAUUUAAACAACAAUUUAAGGAAUUCUUCGACCAAAAAGAAAAAGUAAUACAAUGUUCAAUGGAUUAUAGAUUUACAUUGUAGAUAGUUUUUAACUAAUUUGGAUUCAAAAAAAACAUCGUUUUGACUGAAUUUUAAAAAUUAUAUAACUGUAGGCAUUCCAGUUCAUAAGCGAUGAAUCAAAUACAAACUUUUUUUAAAUUUAGUGAGGAAGCUUGUUGUUGCUUGGCAUUUUUGAUUAAACUAAGAACACAAAAUUCCUAAAUCAAUUAUGAUAUAACAAUCCCCUCCUCAAUGAAUAAUAGAAGACAAAACCUAACCAGUCUUCCACUCCUUGAACAAUUUUUAAUAUUAUUUUUAUUUUGUUAUAUUUUUCCUGACAAAUGUGACAGUGACGUUAUCGAUUCCAUUUAAAAUCUUCUAAUUUGCAAUGAAAAUGGGAACUUUUUUGACCUGUUUAGGUCUUAUUGGGACUCUUCAGUACAAGUUAUUAAAAUUUUGUUUUAAAUUUACAAUUUGUACUGGAUAUCAUUUGAUCCUUAUUCCAUAAUAAAAACAGAAUUGUAAAACUGUCCUUUUUCAAGAUUUUCUCUAAUUGUAACACUUUUUUUAUCAAAUUAUAUCACUUGCAAACUAUUCACUGUCUGUACUUCUUCUUUUAUUGCAAUCACUUGUGGUCUUAUGUGUUUUUCUAUUAUUUUCAUACAUUUAUAACUUGUGAAUCAAUCUAUAUGUUUUUUUUUAUUUCCUUUGAAAAACCGUGACUGACAUUACCGUUUUUGUUAGUUUGCAAUGAAAAUAGGAAAUUUGUAGACCUUUUUAGGUCUUAAUAGGACUCUUCAGUACAAGUUAUAUAAUCUAUUGUUCAAAAUUUAUAAUCUAGACAGCAAAUCAUUUGGAUAUUAUUUAUUUUUAGGGUCUUUAUCCAAUAAUAAAAACGGAAAUGUGAAACUAUAUCCCUUUUUCAAUAUUUUCUCUAAUUGUAUCACUUUUUUAUCAAAUUAUGUCAUUUGAAAACUAUUCAUUGCUUGUACAUUUUUCUUUUGUUGCAGUCUGAAUCACCCUAUAUAUUUUUUUGUUAUUUCCCCUGAAAAACGUGACAUUAUUGAAUUUAUUAGUUGAUUAAUGAAAAUGGGAAAUUUGUAGACUUAUUUAAGUCUUAAUGGGACUCUUCAGCACAUUACAUUAUUCCAAAUAUUAUAUUUGAAUAAAUAAAAAACAUAAUUGUAAAUGACAUUUUAUGUGAAAUGUCACUUUUCCUAAUAUUUUAUUCAAUAGUUUGACAUCUUUUAUCAAAUUGCAUUAUUCUUAAAAUAUUUUUUGUCAAAUUGCAAACUAUUCUUUACUUUUACAUUUUUUUCUUUCUUUUCAUUGCAGCACAUAACCUAGUAAAAUAUUUAAAACUCCAAACUGGUGGUCUUCGAGUCAUUUUAUGAUUUCGUCUCAUUUCUUUUUAUCUUUAUAACUUCUUAAUCACCCUAUAUGUUUUUUCUGUUGUGUUAUAUUUACCUCGACAAACAUGACAGUGACAUUAUCGAUUACGAUAAUAUCUUUUAGUUGGAAAUGAAAAUGGGAAAUUUGUAGACCUGUUUAGGUCUUAAUAGGACUCUUCAGUACAAGUUAUAUGUUCUUUUAUUCAAAAUAUAUAAUUUAAACUGGAAACCACUUGGAUACUGUUUGAUUUUAAGAUCCUAACAUAAUUCCAAAUGCUUUUAUAUUUAAAUAAAUAUAAAAUAGAAUAGUAAGAGACAUUUUUUUAUCAAAUUGCGUAAUUCUUAAAAUAUUUUUGUCAAAUUUCAAACUAUUCUUUGUUUUUGCAUUUUUUUCUUUCCUUUCAUUGCAGCACGUGACCUAUUAAAAUAUUUAAAACUCCAAAAUGGUGGUUUUUGUCUUAUUUUAUUUUAAUUACUUCUGAAACACCCUAUAUGAUAGUUCUGUUCUAUUUCCCCUGAACAACGUAACAGUAACACUAUAGAUUCUGCAUUAUAUAAGUUGCAAUGAAAAUGAAAAAUUUUUUGACCUGUUUGUGUCUUAUCGGGGCUCUUCAGCACAAUUAUAAGUGAAAAUUUAUAAUCUGUACCGGAAACCGCUUUUUAAAUUUUUUUUUCUAAUAGUGUGACAUUUUUUAUCAAAUUAUGUCAUAUGUAUAAAGUCUUUUAGUUGACUCUACGUACGGUAUUUCUUUGUACAUCCUUUACCAUUUUCUUCAGUGCCCAUCUAAUUGAAUAUGUAUUUGUACCAAUGCUCAGUGGAUCAAAAUUCGAUUUCGUUUUCUACUAAAGUACAAUGUUCCUUUCAUUUUUUAACGCAAUAAGUUUUUAAUUUAUAGAAUCGAAGAUAUAUUUAAAUACGGUUAACGCAAAGUUGCCAAAUUUUUAAUCAUAGAAGAUAUAAAAUAUAAUAAUAUAUUAAUUUUAGUCCAAUUUAUUCUUCAUUUUUAUAUGUUUAAAGAUAAUAUUAUUUUUAAUACCUAUUUAGAAGUAAAGUUUCAGAAUUUCAAGGUAGGUGAAAUUGUUAAAAGCUCGAAUUUCCCACUAAAAUUAUCAUUUUUCGAAUACAGACCGUUUUUUUAUCCUAAAAAAUUGUCAUUACAUUCCAAAUGGGUGUUAAAAAUACCACAUUAUCUAUUUUUUCCAUGAAAACAUUAUUUAUAAGGUAAAUGUUGAAGUAGGUUCAUAAUUUUUAAGUAAAUAAAGCAUGACAAAUAUUAUAUUGUCCAAAAAUUGUAAUUAACUAUACAGGAUGUAAUGAAAAUAUAUUAAUUAUACUAUAUACGAGGGUGAAACAACAAGAUAAAAAAAUCAUUUUAUAUAUCAAUUCAAAUUGUAUAUAUUUUCUCAAACGUUUUUCAAUUUUUUUACCACUUUCCAAAUCAAGGUUAUCAAAAUAGGUAUUUGUUCAAGAAAUUUCACAAUUUGAAACAAGAACUAGUCACUCUGGUAUUAAUUUGGAGGAAAGGACGGCUUAAUUCAUGGAUUUUUGUCAACUAGUCAUUCUUGCGUGUUUUCUAUUAAAUCAUCAUAAGUUAUAGAUCUUUUUAUGUCUCAUCGGGACUCUUCAGUACAAGUUAUAUGUCAAAAUUUAUAAUCUAGACCGGAAACCACUUAAUUUUUUUUUUUCUAACAGUGUGUAAUUUUUUCUGUGAAAUAGUCUUCUUUCUCUCAACAUAGAACAGUAUAAAGACUUUUCAAUUGACUGUAGAAAAGAAAAUUAUGGUUCUAAUUGGUUUGAAAACUUUCUUACAAUCUGGAGAAGUUGUAGGAAACCUAAAAAGAAAUGGGAUUUUUUUUUUCACAAAAAAUGUUUUCCCCUUAGAAGUACACCAGCGAGGUAGCCAUAUACCAGAGGAGUCGUUGUUCAUUCUAUUGAUAGUAGCACUGAAAGUCUUUAACUGAUUGUCUGUCAGAAUUAAAUGUACACUUUCAACGUUUUCGUUAGUUUUUGAAGGUCUUUCUGAGCGAAAAUGUGCCAAUAAAAAACUCCAUUUUCCUUGUUUCACUUUUACAAAAAUUAUACUUGCAGAUUCACCAACGUUAAAACACGAAAAAUGAUUGCUCGAAGUAGCUUAUAAGUUGUACGGAGUCAAAAUACACAUCCAGGAAGUCUAGCACAACGUAAUAGAAAAAAAUGUUGCAAAGUCUCAAUGUUUUUCUUGUACAAGCACUUGAUGAUCAGUUUUUUUAUUGUUAAAUAUGAAACUUUCUCGAUUUUAAGAUUUUCUUUUUAGAUAUCUUUCUUAUCAUCCCUGAUGUGUAAAUUGUUUUGUUAUUGUCACUUUGGCCUCCCUCGUACACUUUUUCUUGUAUUUUUGACUUUCACAUUUUUGUCGAUUAUUAUACUUGGUAUUAUUUUUUUCUAUCUCUGAUGUAUUUUUCUGUUUCAACCUAAUUGAAAUAUAUUUUUUCUUCUGUUUAAUUUGUGAUAUCCUCCACAUUUCAUCAAUUUAUCAUUUAGGUUUGAUUUUAGAGUCAGUCUUCUUGAAUUUUAAAAUCCUCAUAGAUCGAAAAUAAAUAUUAUCGAUUCUUAACCUCAAAUUUGAACAAUAAUAUUUUCACAACACACUGUAUAUACCAUUUGUUGGACAAUGUUAUUAUUUAGUAUUAACAGAAUAUUAAUAUUUUAAAAGACCACUAUAUUUUACAGAGAAUAUAUAAUAUAAAAUUUUAUAAAUUAUUUAUAAUUGUAAAUGGUAUUGUUGAUGUUAGUGCCAAAAUCUUAUACCUUCUGAAAAUAAAUUAAAUAAACAAUUUU